GGCACUUCCGGAAGGGAGGAGGAGCAAUCAGAGUUUGGAUUGAUCACUAGGUCCCUUCUUUGCUUCUGUGCAGGAUGGAAGAGGAAGGAGCCCAGGCUGGGGAAAUGGAAGAGAAAGGAGCCCAGGCUGAGGAAGGAGAAGAGGAAGGAGCCCAGGCUGGAGAAAUGGAAGAGGAAGGAGCCCAGGCUGGAGAAAUGGAAGAGGAAGGAGCCCAGGCUGAGGAAGGAGCCCAGGCUGAGGAAGGAGCCCAGGCUGAGGAAGGAGCCCAGGCUGGGGAAAAAUCUCAAGCUGGGGAAAAAUCCCAGGCUCAGAAAGACCUAGAAGCCUGGAAAGCACUGAGAGCCAAAAAGAAACCAAGAAAGAGAAGAAUGAGGUUCAGAGAUCAGGAUCCCGUUAUUCUCCUGUCCAAAGCCCUCGCUUAUGUUUUGCGUCAUGGUGCAGAAAAGUUGGGAUUAACCCUGGGAGCGGAUGGCUUUGCGGAUGUGUCGGAGAUCCUUCGCUUGCCCCAGUUUAAGGCAUAUUGCUUGGACGACGUCAAGUUUGUUGUGGAGACGAACAAAAAGCAGCGCUUUGCCGUGCGGCCAAGUCCUGUCCACGGGCGCCUCCAGAUCCGCUGCAACCAAGGGCACUCACUGGAGGUGAAUGAAUUGGAGCUGGAGCCACUGCUGAACCCAUCCGAUUUUCCAGAGAUUGUGGCCCACGGCACUUACAUGCGUAACUGGCCCAUCAUCCGCCGGUUUGGCCUGUCACGGAUGAAGCGGACGCACAUCCAUAUGGCAUCGGAUUUGCCGGGGGGUAGGGAAGUCGUGAGCGGAAUGAGGAAGUACUGUGACUUGGCCAUAAUAAUCGAUAUUGACAAGGCCGUGGCAGAUGGAAUCCCCUUUUUCCGCUCGGCUAAUGGAGUCAUCCUCACUCCUGGUGAUGCCCAAGGGCUGCUGCUCCCCUGCUAUUUCAAGGAAGCCCUCCAGCUUCGGCCUAAUCGGAUCCUUCUGCCUCUUGAGCCCAUCGCCUGAGCCCAUCGUCCUCUACCUCCCUUCGUUUCCUGGUUUGGGGUAAAUGACUUAAUAAAGAAACAAAAAAGCCCCUCUCUAUUUA